GCGUCGGAGAGUCCUGUGUUGUAUUGUGUUCCUUCGCUGUAAAGCAAGCAAACAGGAAAGAAUAAACAAACAGAGAAAAAGGGCAGAAAAAACCCAGAUUAGGGUUUUGCUGAUUCCUCAGCUUAAAUCUUUUCGCUGCGGUUACACUCUCAGUUUGAACCUCUUAAUUUCUUACAAUUCCCUUGUAAUUUCUCUUUCUGUGAACCAAUUAACAGCAUGGCGGAUGGUUACUGGAAUCGGCAACAGCCGCCUCCUUCUUUGGUCUCUGCUUCUGGGAUGCUUAAACGGCCUCGUACUCACUAUGAUAUCCCACAUUCUCAGCUGCCUGCAGGUCAGCAGAUGCAUAACUAUUUGGCACGAGAUGAUGAUCAUGGUGGGCCUCAAUCUUUGAAGGACACAAAAACAAUUGAUUCAGCAUAUGAUCGGUACCUCAAGAGUACGCAACUUUCUUCUUUUACUUCUGGAGAAGCCAGUACUUUGGGUGGGUUAGGAAGGGGUGGUGGUGGAAUCUCUGCUUAUACAGUAAUCGAUUCUCCUGUGUUGACUCGUCCUGGUUCUGCCAGUCAAGAUCUGAUUCUAAGUGGUCGAAAUGCUGGUUAUAGUGCAAAGCUUCUAACAGAGACAAUGGCUAGGCCAGCCCGAGAAACAGCACCUUUGCCUCCAGAUGCUUCAAAUACCCUGUAUGUUGAGGGAUUUCCUCCUGACUGCACAAGGAGGGAAGUGGCCCAUAUCUUCCGCCCUUUUGUGGGAUAUAAAGAAGUAAGACUUGUUACCAAAGAGCCCAAACAUCGUGGUGGGGAUCCCAUUAUCCUUUGUUUUGUUGAUUUUUCAAAUCCAGCCUGUGCAGCAACCGCUAUGAGUGCAUUGCAAGGAUACAGAAUGGAUGAACUUGAUCCUGAUUCAAAAUACUUAAGGCUGCAAUUUUCUCGGUACCCAGGCCCAAGAUCAAUGCCAGGAACUCGUGGACGGAGGUGAAUGGCCUUGUACAUUGGAGACACAUAGCUGAGUGCAAACCAAUUUUUACUGCGCACAUCUUCAUUUAUGUCUUAUAAAGUUGGCAUCUUAACGAAAUAGGUUACUUGGAACUUGCAAGUUAAAUUGCGGAGAGCUCUUGGCCGCACUAACUAUGCACUCUAUAGAUGCAAAAGAAAAUUAGGAGACAAGAAAGAGAAAAUUUGUAGUGAUGAACAAACCCCAUGUUGAUCCUUGAAUUGCUUCUCAUUUGAUGAAGCUGUGUUGUAUAACAAUUAUUACUGUGGAAACAUUUUGUUUUUCAUUAUUGCGUAAACCGCCUUUGCGUCUAAUGUCAGUGUU